AUGACUCCCUCCGUUGCUUCUCUUUCCUUCGUCUGCCUGCUUGUGCUUCUGCUUCCUUCUCAACAUGGCGCCUCCUCCCAUGCAAGCUACAUGCUAGGGUCCAGACAGAUUUUUUCCAAGAGACCUACCAAGUCAUCUGGCAACUCACAGCAGGCCUCCACGGUGCCUACUGCAACCACCUUUUCGUCGUCCAUCGCAACAGGCCUUGGAAACAACAAGCUACCCGUAGUGCACCCGCAGAGCACAUGCUCGCCGUUGCACAGGCUCCUGUCCCUGACGGCGGCAGAUGUCUUGCGUCGUGAUGCCUCCCGCAUCCGGCACCGUUUCUCCUCACAAUCAUCUCUGGUGGCUGCGUCGACCCUGUCACCGGCCGUGACCAUAAUCCCCACCAACGGCUCGUCGGACCCGACGAGGCUACCGGGCGCGCUGCACUACAGCGUGCUCGUCAGCUACGGCACCCCGGAGCAGCAGUUCCCAGUGUUCCUCGACACCAGCAGCAUCGGCGCGUCCCUGGUCCGGUGCAAGCCGUGCGCCUCAGAUUCUGACGACUGUCAUCCGGCGUUCGACCCGUCGCGGUCCUCGACGUUCGCCCAUGUCCUAUGCGGCGCGCCGGACUGUCCUACCAACUGCUCCGGCGACUCCUUCUGCCCGCUCGACAGCAUAUACUCGAUCAUCGAGGGCGCUUUUGCGGAGGACGUGCUCACGCUGGCGCCGUCCACAGUCAUCCAAGACUUCAGAUUCGUCUGCCUGGACGUGGAUGAACCUGAUGACCUGCCGGUGGCCGGGACCCUCGACCUCAGCCGCGACCGCAACUCACUACCGUCGCAGCUGUCAUCGUCGGGGCAGGCCCCCGCCGCUGCCUUCUCCUACUGCCUGCCGAAAUCCCCGAACUCCCAGGGCUACCUCUCCCUCGGCGUUGAUGCCACCGUCAGAGAUAAGCACGUCACAGCACACGCCCCGCUGGCGAGCAACGGCAACCCGGAGCUGGCGAGCAUGUACUUCAUCGACCUCGUCGGGAUGAGCCUCGGUGUCGAGGACAUCCCGAUCCCGGCGGGGACCUUCGGAAACAAUAGCACCAUCCUGGACGUGGGGACUACAUUCACCAUGCUGACGCCGGACGCGUACAUGCUGCUGCGCGACUCCUUCCGGAAGCAGAUGUCGCAGAACAACCGCUUGUCGCAGGGGUUCGAUGGCUUCGACACGUGCUUCAACUUAACCGGGGUGCGUGGCCUCACCAUACCGCUCCUCUGGUUCAAGUUCAGCAACGGCGAGAGGCUGCUAAUCGACUUGGACCAGAUGCUGUACUAUGACGACCCCGCCGCCGCUCCGUUCACCAUGGCCUGCUUAGCCUUCUCCUCCUUGGACGCCAGCGAUGUCUUCUCCGCCGUGAUUGGGACGUAUACGCUGGCGUCCACGGAGGUGGUCUACGACGUGGCCGGAGGAAAGGCUUGGACCUGUGUUCAUGAUAUGCUGUCAUCAGCCAACAACCUUAAUCUAUUACUGCUACCUUGUGACAAUGACUCAUCUCUCGACCCUCUGAUCAAUCGUCUCCUCACAACACAUCGUCUUUGUGCUUCCUGCUUGUCGGCUCAUCGCUGCUUGCCUUAUGCCACGACUGUGACCGCCACCACCACAGCAGCUAGGGAUAGGAGUGUCCCAUUGAGGAUAGAGAGAUGUGAGAGCUGA